AUGUCAACUGAUCCACCAACUUUUGCAUCAAAUCACUUAGUGGAAACUGAAUAUGAAGCUUUGAAUGUUGAUGCUACUCAGGCAGGCAACAACUUUGUGACUCAGGUGUUGGGACAUAGAGUAGUGUAUACAUAG